AUGGCCGCGCUGCUCCUGGGCGCGGUGCUGCUGGUGGCCCAGCCCCAGCUGGCGCCUUCCCGCCCCGCCGCCACCCCCGGGGCUGAGCCGGACCAGCCCGAGGUCGCUCAGAAAACCGGGACCCUCCAGGAGGACAGCCGGGGCAGCGGAGCCCGCAACGGCUCGGUGCAGCAGCUGCCCCAGACCAUCAUCAUCGGCGUGCGCAAGGGCGGCACGCGCGCGCUGCUGGAGAUGCUGAGCCUGCACCCCGGCGUGGCGGCCGCCGAGAACGAGGUGCACUUCUUUGACUGGGAGGAGCACUACAGCCAGGGCCUGGGCUGGUACCUCAGCCAGAUGCCCUUCUCGUCCCCGCGCCAGCUCACGGUGGAGAAGACCCCCGCGUACUUCACGUCGCCCAAAGUGCCUGAGCGGGUGCACAGCAUGAACCCGGCCGUCCGCCUGCUGCUCAUCCUGCGCGACCCGUCGGAGCGCGUCCUGUCCGACUACACGCAGGUGCUCUACAACCACGUGCAGAAGCGCAAGCCCUACCCGGCCAUCGAGCAGUUCCUGCUGCGCGGCGGCCGCCUUAACGCCGACUACAAGGCGCUGAACCGCAGCCUGUACCACGAGCACCUGCGCCGCUGGCUGCACUUCUUCCCGCUGCGACGCAUCCACAUCGUGGACGGAGACCGCCUCAUCAGGGACCCCUUCCCCGAGAUCCAGAAGGUCGAGCGGUUCCUGAAGCUGUCCCCGCAGAUCAACGCCUCCAAUUUCUACUUUAACAAAACCAAGGGCUUCUACUGCCUGCGGGACAGCGGCCGGGACCGCUGCUUGCACGAGUCCAAAGGCCGGGCACACCCCCACGUCGACCCCAAACUGCUCAACAAACUGCACGAAUAUUUCCACGAGCCAAAUAAGAAAUUCUUCGAGCUUGUCGGCAGGACAUUUGACUGGCACUGAUUGGCAAUAAACUA